CGCGGGCAGGUGGGCCCGGAGCGCCGCGCCCGGCCGGGGCCAGGCCAGGGAAGGCAAGUCUGCAGGACCGGAGGGGCCGGAGGCUUAUAGAAACCUACCCAAUCUGGGAGCGGCCCGAGCUGCCCAGCCCGCCGAGUUCGCGAUGACCUGCUGAGAAGCUUCGUUGGAGGCUGCAGGCGGUGCGGUUCGUGGCCUCCUCCCUCGUCCUGCUGAGCCCCGGCCCCCCACCCUUCCCCGCUCCCCCUCCCUGCCGCCGGCCGAGAUGGCGGAUCCAGCCGAAUGCAGCAUCAAAGUGAUGUGCCGGUUCCGGCCCCUCAACGAAGCAGAGAUUCUCCGAGGGGACAAAUUCAUCCCCAAAUUUAAAGGCGAUGAGACCGUGGUGAUUGGGCAAGGGAAGCCAUAUGUCUUCGAUAGAGUGCUGCCUCCCAGCACGACCCAAGAGCAGGUUUACAAUGCGUGUGCAAAGCAAAUUGUCAAAGAUGUCCUUGAAGGUUACAAUGGGACUAUUUUUGCCUAUGGACAGACCUCGUCAGGAAAGACGCACACAAUGGAGGGGAAGCUACAUGACCCUCAACUCAUGGGGAUCAUCCCAAGGAUUGCCCAUGACAUCUUUGACCACAUCUAUUCCAUGGAUGAAAACUUGGAGUUUCACAUCAAGGUUUCCUAUUUUGAGAUCUACUUGGAUAAAAUCAGGGACUUACUCGAUGUAUCCAAGACGAACUUGGCUGUUCAUGAAGAUAAAAACAGAGUCCCGUAUGUAAAGGGGUGUACCGAGCGGUUUGUGUCAAGCCCUGAGGAGGUCAUGGAUGUGAUAGAUGAAGGCAAAGCAAACCGACAUGUGGCUGUCACAAACAUGAAUGAACACAGCUCUAGAAGUCACAGUAUCUUCCUGAUUAAUAUUAAACAAGAGAAUGUAGAGACGGAAAAAAAGCUCAGUGGGAAGCUUUAUCUAGUUGAUUUGGCUGGGAGCGAAAAGGUCAGCAAGACUGGUGCCGAGGGAGCUGUUCUUGAUGAAGCUAAAAAUAUCAAUAAAUCUUUGUCUGCUCUUGGAAACGUGAUCUCGGCCUUGGCAGAAGGGACAAAAACACACGUGCCAUACCGGGACAGCAAGAUGACUCGGAUUCUUCAGGACUCUCUGGGUGGGAACUGUAGAACCACCAUCGUUAUUUGCUGUUCUCCCUCUGUCUUCAAUGAGGCUGAGACCAAGUCAACACUGAUGUUUGGGCAAAGGGCUAAGACCAUCAAGAAUACAGUCUCUGUGAACCUGGAAUUGACAGCAGAAGAGUGGAAGAAGAAAUACGAAAAGGAGAAGGAGAAAAACAAGACUCUGAAGAAUGUCAUCCAGCAUCUGGAGAUGGAGCUGAACAGAUGGAGAAACGGAGAAGCUGUGCCCGAGGAUGAACAGAUCAGUGCUAAGGACCAGAAGACCCUGGAGCCCUGUGACAACACCCCCAUCAUAGACAAUAUUGCUCCUGUUGUCGCUGGCAUCUCUGCAGAGGAGAAGGAGAAGUACGAUGAGGAGAUCUCCAGUCUCUACAGACAGCUGGAUGAUAAGGAUGAUGAAAUUAACCAGCAGAGCCAGCUGGCUGAAAAGCUAAAGCAACAGAUGCUGGAUCAGGAUGAGCUUUUGGCUUCCACAAGAAGAGACUACGAGAAGAUCCAGGAAGAGCUGACACGUCUCCAGAUUGAGAAUGAGGCAGCCAAAGAUGAAGUGAAGGAAGUUCUCCAGGCCCUGGAAGAGCUGGCUGUCAAUUACGACCAGAAGUCACAGGAAGUAGAGGACAAGACCAGGGCCAAUGAGCAGCUGACAGAUGAGCUGGCCCAGAAAACGACGACAUUGACAACCACACAGAGGGAGCUGAGCCAGCUACAAGAGCUUAGCAACCACCAGAAGAAGAGGGCUACGGAGAUCCUGAAUUUGCUGUUGAAGGACCUGGGGGAGAUAGGCGGAAUUAUCGGCACCAAUGAUGUGAAGACUUUGGCAGACGUGAAUGGAGUCAUUGAGGAGGAAUUCACCAUGGCCCGCCUGUAUAUCAGCAAGAUGAAGUCAGAGGUCAAAUCCCUGGUGAACCGCAGCAAACAGCUCGAGAAUGCCCAGAUGGACUCCAACAGGAAGAUGAAUGCCAGUGAGCGGGAGCUGGCUGCCUGCCAGCUGCUCAUUUCCCAGCAUGAAGCCAAGAUAAAAUCCCUGACAGACUACAUGCAGAACAUGGAACAGAAGAGGAGGCAGCUGGAGGAGUCCCAGGACUCGCUCAGUGAGGAGCUGGCCAAGCUCCGAGCCCAAGAAAAAAUGCACGAAGUCAGCUUCCAGGAUAAGGAGAAGGAACAUCUGACGCGGCUGCAGGAUGCAGAGGAGAUGAAGAAGGCGCUGGAGCAGCAGAUGGAGAGCCACCGGGAAGCUCACCAGAAGCAGCUGUCCAGACUUCGGGAUGAAAUCGAGGAGAAGCAGAAAAUCAUCGAUGAGAUUCGGGAUUUGAAUCAGAAACUGCAACUGGAACAGGAGAAGCUCAGUUCUGAUUAUAACAAGCUGAAAGUGGAGGACCAAGAAAGGGAAAUGAAACUGGAAAAGCUCUUAUUGCUCAAUGAUAAACGGGAACAAGCCAGAGAGGACCUCAAAGGGCUGGAGGAGACGGUGUCUCGGGAACUGCAGACUCUGCAUAACCUCCGGAAACUCUUUGUCCAGGAUCUGACUGCCCGGGUUAAAAAGAGCGUGGAGCUGGACAGCGAUGACGGAGGCGGCAGUGCUGCCCAGAAGCAAAAAAUUUCCUUCCUGGAGAAUAACCUGGAGCAGCUCACGAAGGUUCACAAACAGCUGGUCCGAGACAACGCAGACCUGCGCUGCGAGCUGCCCAAGCUGGAGAAGCGGUUGCGCGCCACGGCGGAGCGCGUGAAGGCCCUGGAGAGCGCGCUGAAGGAGGCCAAGGAGAACGCCAUGCGGGACCGCAAGCGCUACCAGCAGGAGGUGGAUCGCAUCAAGGAGGCCGUGCGGGCCAAGAACAUGGCCAGGAGGGCCCACUCGGCGCAGAUCGCCAAGCCCAUCCGCCCUGGACACUACCCAGCAUCAUCUCCGACAGCUGUCCACGCCAUCCGAGGGGGAGGAGGUGGCUCUUCAAACUCCGCUCACUACCAGAAAUAAAUAUGAAUAACGGCUCCCUACAUAGCAUGUCCAGGACUUCGUUAAUCACCAAUUCCUUUAUUUUUUGUUUCCCCUCCUACACGGUUUCCAUUUUCUUUUACACGUGCUUACCCCAGCCAUCUGCAGUACACCGGUUUCAGAUAUUUGAGCUGUGUAGAAUCUCUUGUGUACAGACGUGUGCUUGGACUUCUCGCUUCCUGAGAAACCUGAAGGGGCCAAUUCCAGAAGAUCCACUCAAUCCUGGGAAUGAAUGCCAGGGCCUAGGCCGUUGGGUGGUCUCUGGGCCAUCCUGGAGCCUCCUUCCUCCGCAGUCUGCCAUCCCAGCAAAUGCUCUAACGUGCCAUUCCCUGGGACGGGUUGCCAUUCCCUGGGAGGUGUUGGAGGGGUUUGGGGGUGCAUUGGGAGGGG